AUGUACCAGCGCGUGACUGUUCGGGCGCAGCGGCUACUAAGCAGGCGUCUGCAAGCGCACAAGGGACUGCAUACGGCGACAGCUGCAACGGAAGAAGAGGUCCGAUACUUGGUGAUCGAUGGCUAUGUCAAGACUGGCCGAGAUGUCCUCGAGGCAGGUGGCGCUACGACUGCCGGGCAAUUGUAUGCCAACAUGCUCGUAAAAGCCACAAAGUGCAGCGUUGGCCGCUCUGCAAAAUACGACCUCAUCUACCCGGCUGAUUCGGGCUUCGUUGCUCCAGAUCUUACCAAGUACCAUGGUGUGGGCUGGUCAGGGUCGUCCUUGGCGGUACAUGAACGUGACGACCCGUCCGUAAUGCAGAUGAUGAAUCUAGCUCGCCAGAGUUUUGCACUUGGUGUACCACAGUUCGGUAGUUGCUUUGGACUGCAACUGGCUGUCACUACUGCCGGUGGAAUCGUGCAGAAGAAUAAGCGAGGCAAAGAGCUAGGAGUAGCACGCAAGAUCCGUCUUAAUGCGGCAGGCCGUGCGCACCCAAUGUACGAGGGCAAGCCAUCGGUGUUUGACGCCUUUAGUAGCCACAAGGAUGAGGUUUGGGCUGUUCGUCCUGGAGCUUUGAUGCUCGCAACUAAUACAUUUACCACUGUGCAGAGUGUGUGCCUUCGGUACAUGAGGGGUGAGUUCUGGGGACUACAAUAUCACCCAGAAUAUGAUCUACACGAGAUGGCGCGAUUGUUGCACUGUCGCCGCGAGGUGAACACGCAGCUGGGAUUUUUUGCGGAUCUGGACGACGCGGACCGUUUUGUAAAUUUGCUAGAGGAACUGGCAGCGAAUCCAACGCGCAAAGACCUCGCGUGGGAGAUUGGUUAUGACAAGGAUGUGCUCGACGAAGACCUCCGUACAUGCGAAGUGAAGAACUUCGUUAAGCAUUUAGUGAUGCCGUAUUAUAUGCAGUGUCGAGAGCACGUCGGGGACAUGGAAGUCCAAGAUGCACCAUGUCAACAGGAGGUGGCAUAG